AUGUUGAGAAUAUUUCUUCUAUUUUUUUUCAUUUUUCAUUUAACAUUAUCGAAUGAAUGGUAUUCAAAAUCUCAAUGUACACAAAAAGAAUUUGCUAAUCAUAUGGAUAUAAAUUGUAAAUCAAAUGAAUUUAUACUUAUUGGUUGGUCACAUUAUGGUACGAAAAAAUCUCUGGAAAAAAUGAAUCCAUUAACAAAAUGUGAACCAUCUGAAAAUGAUUGUAUUAUGGAUUAUACACAUAAAAUAGCUGAACUUUGUAAUGGUGUAUCGAAAUGUGAAGUUGUUUUAACACAACAAUUUAUACAUAAAUGUUCCGAUGAAGCAACAUAUUUAUUUAUUUCAUAUCAAUGUAUUCAAAAUUCAACAGUUCUCGAUGUUUGUUCAAAACGUAGUCUAACAUUAAUAAAUGGAAUAAAUUUAAUAAGUCCAAUGUUUCCGAAUGAAUAUCCAAAUAAUAUUAAUUGUACUUGUUCAAUUGAAUCGAAGAAAAAAUCGAAUGUUAUGAUCGAUGUUGAAAAUCUUUCAUUUAAUUUACAAGAUAAUGAUCAUUUGUUAUCUUUUACGGGAACAAUUCCAUUUGGUGCAUCAUUAUUAACAGCGAAAAAUCGACUUGAUUUAAAUUUUCAAACUGAUGAAACAUUAAGUCAAUCAGGUUUUUGGAUUCGUUUAAAUGGUUAUCAUCAAUGUUCUGAUGAUGAAUAUAUUCUUGGUUCGAAAUGUAUAAAAAUCUUCUCAGAAAAACAAACAUGGGAUAUAGCAAAUGACAAAUGUUUAUCAAUACAAUCGAAUUUAAUUCAUUUACAUGAUAUUAUUCAAGAGAAAAAAUUAGCUUAUUUUAUUCUAACAAAUAAAGAUAAACAAUUACCCACAUCGUUUUGGAUAUCGAACGAAAAAGAGAAAUAUAAUAUUCAUUCAUGGUGGCCAUGGCGAUCAUCACCUACUAGUGGAAAAUGUGUUUUACGUACUUCAGAUGGUUGGUUAAAACAUCCAUGUCAAGAUGAACAAGCAUUUAUAUGUGAACGAGAUAUAAAUCGACAAUCGAUACCUUUAACUAUUCAUUGUGGUAAUGUACCAUCAACAACUAUACCUCCUAUGAAAUCGUCAAUAACAACAACAACAACAAUUGCAGCAACACAACAUUCGUCUAUAUCAUUUAUUCAACAAGUUAAACGUAUCGAACAAUUAUCGACUACAAUUAAAUCUAAAU